AUGCUCGGCGCCGCACGUCUCGCCGGUGUUGCACGGCGCACCACCGCUCUCCGGUCGCUCCCGCUUAGCUCGUGCAGGCUGCCGACGUCUGCACUGCCCGUGGCUCGCAUUGAGCGGUUCUUCGUGCAGCAUCAGCCGCGCGCUCGGUCUCCAUCGUUCAUGACUUCGCUCGCCGCUCGCUCUUCCGUUUUCAGCCGCUCCAGCUCAUCGGUGUCCAAAGCUUCAGGAGGCGAAGUGGCUACUGCCGAGAGUAUGUCACAUCUCGAGCGUUUGAAGGAUCUGUGGCGCAAAUACGGCAUCGUGGCAAUCGGCACGUACCUGACCAUGUAUGGAGUUGUGCUGGGCUCCAUGUAUCUGGCCAUCGACCAGGGCUGGGUACGCACCAACAAAAGGACCAACUCUAAGGGAGAAGGACAACUUGACGAGAGCUUUAAUCUCGUUACUACGACGAACAAGUUUGUCAAGAUUGCGGAGGAUUUAGGCAUCGCAAAGUACUUGGAGGUGGAGCAAGUGAGCUCCAAGACGGGCACAUUCUUGUUAGCGUGGAUCGCGACCAAGUUCACGGAGCCUGUGCGUCUGGCGCUGACGAUCGCAAUAACGCCGCGUAUUGCGCGUUUCUUGGGCCGCGCACCCAAACUGCCUCCUAAAGCGCCAGGAAAGAUCGCUACUAUGAUCAAGAAACAAACGGCGUCGAAGGAGAAACCCAAGGCGUAA